CUACCCUUGGAAGUGUAUUACGUUCCAGAUUACGUCAGUGAAAUCUGCGAGGGAGAACUUUUGUCUCAAAUUUACAAUGUCUCCAAGACAAGAUGGACCCAACUGUCUCAUCGAAGGCUUCAAAAUUGGGGUGGCACUCCUCACAUUAAAGGGAUGGUUGAAGAGAAGUUACCUAAUUGGUUGGCAGAACAAUGUUCCAGAUUGGCUUCUCUUGGUUUAUACGGAGGAAAAACUCCCAACCAUGUUUUGAUCAAUGAAUAUCUACCUGGCCAGGGAAUUAUGCCACACACAGACGGUCCCUUGUACUACCCCACCGUCUGCAUCCUAUCCCUGGCCUCCAACCUCCUAAUCGACUUCUAUCGCCCCCACAAUCAUCAUCAUCACCUCCAACAAGAAAGUAUUAGUAAAAGAUCGAAAAUGGCCGACAGACGGGUUGGUUCGUUAUAUUUAAAAAGGAGAAGCUUACUAAUUUUCCGCUCCGAGGCCUACACUAAUUACUUGCACGGGAUUAGGGAUACGACUAAUGACCACAUCGACGAUAAAGUUUUGAAUUUGGGUCCGGAUUUUUAUGGUAAAGAUUUGAAAAGAGCGGAAGCUAGGAUCUCUAUGACGAUUCGUGUGGUACCAAAGACGCUGAAUGCAUCUAAACUUUUUGGAAAGAUUAGAUGA